AUGGAGGACACAUCGAGCCAGAAGUCAGGACAGAGCAAAGACGCACUGGGCUCCCUAACACCAGAAGAGAGUCCUGCCGAUUUUACACAUGUCAAAUUGGAGGAGCAUGAGCCCACAGACUUCAGCACCAAGGAACUCAUCCUAAAGAAAGCCAGAGAGGUCUGCACAUGCAAUCAUCAAACCAUCAUCACCUUCUUCUGUCAGCUGUUCCCAGUGCUGGACUGGCUUCCCCGCUACAAUGUCAAGACGCAGUUGCUUGGGGAUGUCAUAUCUGGGCUCCUGGUGGGGGUAGUUGCCAUCCCUCAGUCCAUCUCCUACUCUCUCUUAGCAAACCAGGAUCCCAUCUACGGAAUCUACACCAACUUCUUCUGCAAUAUCAUCUACGUUGCUAUGGCCACUUCACGUCAUAACUUUGUGGGCUCCUUCGGUGUCCUGUGCCUGAUGAUUGGGCAGUCUGUGAACCGGCACCUCCAGCUAGCAGGGUACAGCAACGACAACGCUGGCUCUUCACUGGUGGGCAACUCCACCUCCUCCAGUAACGGGACGGGUGCCUGUGACAGGAGCUGCUACGCCAUCACUGUGGCCCUUUCCUUAAGCUUUCUGGUCGGUCUUUACCAGAUCCUGCUGGGGGUUUUACAUCUGGGCUUUGUGGCUGUCUACCUGUCAGAACCUCUCCUCAGUGGCUUUGUGACCGGCUCCAGCCUCACCAUUAUCACCUCCCAGAUGAAGUAUCUCCUGGGACUGAAAAUCCCUCGUCACGAAGGGGUGGGGUCCUUCAUCCUGACGUGGGUUGACCUUUUCAGAUACAUCCAGAACACCAACAUCUGUGACCUGGUCACCAGCCUGGUUGCUUUGGCCAUCAUAGUGCCUGUCAAAGAGAUCAAUGACUGGUAUAAGGAGAAGAUGAAGGCCCCGUUCCCCAUAGAGCUGCUGGUGGUCAUUGUAGCCACAGUAAUAUCUUACUACUUUGACUUCGAAGAGCGAUACAAGUCUGCUGUUUGUGGGGAUAUCCCCACUGGUUUCAGGAAACCCACUCUACCAGAUAUAAACCUGUUUUCCAGCCUGGCAGUUGAUGCUCUGCCCAUUGCUGUUAUUGGCUUUGCCAUGACUGUCUCGCUGGCGGAAAUCUUUGGCAAAAAGCAUGGCUACGCUGUCCGUGCCAACCAAGAGAUGAUUGCCAUUGGCAUGUGCAACCUGAUCCCUUCUUUCUUCUACUGCUUUGCCAGCUCUGCGGCCCUGACAAAGACUCUGCUGAAGGAGUCCACUGGGACCCAGACCCAAGUCUCUGGCCUGAUCACCUCCCUGGUGCUGCUGCUAGUGCUGCUGUGGAUCGCCCCACUCUUCUACUCGCUGCAGACCUCCAUCCUGGGGGUGGUCACCAUCGUCAACCUGCGGGGGGGCCUGAGGAAGUUCCGUGACACCCCCCACAUGUGGCAGCUCAGCAAGCUGGACACGGUGGUGUGGUGGACAACCAUGCUGUCCUCCACGCUGAUCACCACGGAGAUUGGGCUCCUCGUGGGCGUCUGCUUUGCUCUGCUCUGUGUCAUCUUCCGCAUGCAGAGACCCAGAGCCACUCUCCUGGGCAAGGUCAGCAACACGGAAAUCUAUGAGGACCAGUCCACAUACAAGCAGCUCAGCAGUAUUGCCAACAUCAAAAUCUUCCGCUUCGAGUCAUCCCUCUACUAUGCCAACAAGGAAUAUUUCAAGACUGUUCUCUACCAGAAAACUGGGGUAAAUCCUAUCCUGCUGGCUGCUAAGCACCAAAGGGCCAAGAAAAGGGCUGAGAAGCCUCCAGCAGAUGCCUGUCCUUCCUCCAUAGAUAUGCACACCUUAAUCCUUGACUGUGGGGCAAUGCAGUUCAUAGAUACUGUGGGUCUGUCUGUGCUAAAGGAGACACAUCAUGACUAUAAGGACAUAGGCGUCCAGGUGCUCCUGGCUAACUGCAACCCUUCCAUCCGCCACCGGCUCCGGGAGGGAGGCUGGGCUGGCGAAUCAGACAGCGAUGGUCAGCUGGCUUUCCACAGCAUCCACGACGCGGUGCAGUUUGCUGAACGGUGGUACCAUGUGCAGCAGGAGGGGAGCAAGGAGAAAAAUGAUGCUCUCCUGGACCCCGAAGACCUGAACUUCCAGGCAUCCUUGUAG